AUGGCGUCGGCGCAAAUCACUGUGUACUACCAGCAGACAUUUCAGCACACUCAAAAUCAGCUUCGUAUACCGGAGCAGGCUGCAUAUGACCCCACAAUUCUCGAGGCACCUGCGAUACCUGACCCAUUACCUCCCUAUGCAAUUCGAUAUCGAGCUCCAGAACCGGGAACACAUCAGGGAUAUCGAUACCACAGACUUGGCAACUUUGUCGGGUUCUCUAUUGAAAUGUCCGUGACCAACCAGCUCCUGGGAAAGAAUUCGUCAUAUAUACAAGUGCCGUUCCUGAACCUGAUGGCAAACCUUGAGAAGAGAGGAGGGAGAGUGAAUACAGCAGUUCUCGUCGAGAGCUUAGAUGGUGGAAGGAUGAUUCAUAAAGAUGUUGAGAAUGUUUCCAACCCCACGGAAACACCGCCUUUAGACUAUACGACAGAUUUGUUCUAUAUCAUGAGGAAUAUCUCCGACCUUGUUAAUGUCUACUGGUAUCUUGGCAUCCCCUUUUACAACACUUCUGAAUUCCAGCUUGCCAUCGCUGAACAAGGACAAGCUAUUUUGGGUGACUAUCUUCUUGGUCUUCAAGCCGGUAAUGAACCCGACCUUUAUCAGCGCCACGGACAUCGCUCCGAUGCGACUGGACACCCUGAAAUGGUGUGGGAUACGGGUUUUGUUGACAUGUACAACGAUAAUCUAGCAUACCUUUCUGUGGAACACUACCCCUCGGACAAUUGUGCCGCUCAAUAUGGUUCGAGUUAUGGGGAGGCUCGCGACCCGCAGAUGAUGUUUCCACGAUACCUAAACCAUACGGCUGGACAAGCCCUCGCGAAGCUAUACUUGAAUUCGACCAGCUAUGCCCAAAACAAGGGGAAACCCUUGAUAAUGUUCGAGACUAAUACGGCGUCGUGUGGUGGAUUCCCAGGAGUUAGUGACUCCUUCGGUGCAGCGCUAUGGGGGCUGGAUUACGCAAUGCAGUUGGCGUAUUCGAAUUUUUCGGGCGCUCUGAUGCACGUCGGAGGACAGGGUGUUUAUUAUAACGUAUCACCUCCAACGAAUCAGUCGACCUUCCGCCAAUGGACGAUUGGACCCAUAUACUAUUCGGCGCUAGUUAUUGCCGAAGCACUCGGAUCUUCAGAGAGCGGUUCACAGAUUGCAGACCUCAACGCUAACGACGGGAACAUCUACACCCCUGCGUAUGCAAUAUACGAGAGCGGUAAUCCGGUUCGUGUGGCGCUGUUCAACUACAUCACGGAUCCAUCGGGGGCUAGCAACUAUACGGCAUCGAUAUACGCUGGCGAGAAUGUGCAGCAGGUUCGAGUCAAAUACCUCAGCGCAGACUCCGUAUCCCAGAAAGGUUCCUUUAAGUGGGCUGGGCAGACAUUUGGGGACCACUUUGCUUCCGAUGGGCGGUUGAUGGGUGACGAGGACGUGCGGACCAGUUUGUGCCUGCUCCGGGGUUCGCAUUGGUGUUUCUUCGUGCAUGAUGAAGUAGUGGACGUAGAGACACAGACUUUCCCGACCACGGUGCAGACGAGGACGGUCAAUACGGCGACGGUGGCGGAGGGUGUUUUGGCGACGAGUAAUGGGCAUCAUUGGGCGGCAGGUGGGGGCAUAUGGGAGCACGAGUAA